AAAAUAGUUCCCAAGUGGCAUUUGAAAUAUUCUGCCAUCAGAAAAAGUGGAAAUUUUUUCCAUUCCACACUGUUCAGAACACAACUUUUUGCGAAACACAGAAACUGCAAUUUGGUAAAGCAAUGAAGCUCUCUGUGCUGCGUUUGUCACUUCUUGUUCUUGUUCCUCUGCUUCUCUCCCUCUUCUUUCUUGCACUCAUGCCUAAGGAAACCGCCAUGAAAACCUAUGAGGUGUUUGGAGUGAAGAUAGAGAAGAACCCACCUCAGUCCAAACUCGCUGAACUUGGAGUCUCAACUUGGAACAAGUGGGAAGGUGGUCCAACCAAAAUUCCAUGGUCCUUUAAAGAAGAAGAAACUAUGUAUCUGCUGGAGGGAAAAGUGAGGGUUACUGUUGAAGGAUCUGUUGGGUCUUUUGAAAUUGGGGGUGGUGACUUAGUUGUCUUCCCCAAAGGAAUGAACAUUACUUGGGAAGUGAUUGAAGCUGUGAAGAAGCACUACAGCUUGAAAAAAUAAUGUAUACCAAUAAACCCUUCUACUGUUGUGGACUAAUGAUAUGCCAUGUAUAUGAACUUGAUCAAGUAAUUACCAAUAACUACAGGGAUGUAUCAAAGUCCUCACUUCCAUAACAUUCCUUGACAAUGAUCCUGUUGAAAGUAAUAUCCUGAUUGGAUUCUCUGCAUAAUCUACAUAGUUGGUUGAAUCCAUUGUUGCAGAUUCAUUGUCCAUGAGGACAACGUAUUCUGCUAAUAGAUUCUUCUGAAUGGUUUGUAGCUAUACAAUAUGUUGUUUGCCAUUUCUGUUGGAAUUGCUCUAA